AUGGAUUUGGACCUUGUGUUCCCCCCGCCGCCCCCAUUGCGCAGGAGGCGGGCCUCCAGCAUUGGCUCUGGGCACAUCACCGAGCAUCCGUCUGACCGUCAACACGCCUCGUCCCUCUUUGCAAAGCUUCCUCCCGAGCUGCGCGCCAUCAUCUUCACCGAGCUGUUUGGGAAACGCAGAGUCCACCUCGCCUUUAUCAAGCACCCUAUCUUUGCCGACAAGGCGGGCAACCGGACGAGAUGGCGGCACGCUAUAUGCGACAUUGACUUGGAAACCCCGUUCAGGACAGUCGUUACCGGCCAGCACUACUGUUUUCGUGCUACCCACCGUAUGGUCCUUGAUAUUUCCAUGUUGUUUACUUGUCGUCGAGGGCUUGCAGAAAGCAUUGCGGUUUUGUAUCACAGCAACACCUUCCUCCUCCACAAUAUCGAUGGACGGAAAUUGCCGGUCAAUGAUAUCCGCAGCCUUCAGGCCAAAAUACCUCGGCAUUGGCCCCAUAUUCAUUCACUUGAGAUUAAAUGGCAGCUUGCCCCCUUCGACCGCAACACUGCUCGCAUGGUUCCUCACGACGGUGGCCGCAACGAUUACGAAGCCUUUUGGGAUGCCCUUGCCGACAUGCCGGCCCUCAAACGCCUCCGAAUCGCUAUUUUGAUGCCGGGAUAUCCUCAGGACGAAUCUGAACCAUCGGUGCCUGGGCUGCCGGCUCUCUAUCUCGACCCCAUCCAACGGCUCAAGCAGCUACAGGUUUGCCAAGUCAUAUUACCGACGUCCUUUCGCUUGGCUUUCCCCGCCGAAGAGUGGGAUUUGUGCCUUUCUCGCAUUGACAAGGACCAACACUUUAUAUCUUGGCUUGAUGAUAACGAGCCUCAGCCACGGCCCGCGCAGACGGCUUGUGUUCUCAUACCUGCUGCCCCAGAUCAAAACUCACAUCAUUUCCCGCGUUUGCCCAUCAUGCCUGGAGAAGAAAUCCAGUGGUGGCCACGUCGCGCCCUGGCCUUCUUUCAGAGCUUUUUCGAAACGCCUCUUGAUUGGAGACUGCCCAAGUGCCCAGAUAAACUCGCCGUCAAGCGCCCUACCCAUCGAACCAUCCUUCAACAUCUCUCCGAGAGACAAUACCUUACACAAACAGCCCCAGAUGAGGUCGCGGACGUUCCACUACCUUCGUUUGACCCGGGAAUUUUCGACAAUGAGUUGAUGAAGUUGAAACUGUACCCAACAAUUGAUCCUCGUAACCCUUCGGCCAUCCAGGAACCUGAGGGGAACAUUGUCGAGGGGACAUAUCAGGGAACCCAGGUGGCCUUGACUCAAGCCUAUUCACGGAUAGAGCAGAUGUUCACCUCGUUGUUCGAUGUGCUUGGAAUCGAGGCAACAUUGCCUCGCCAUCGUACACUACAAGAGCAACGCAACCUCUACCGGUUCUCGGCAUACCCCCAAAAUCCCGAUGGAACACCAGCCCAGUAUCCGCCGCAUUUACAGCAUGUGCCUGACGACCAGUCCAUCAACGUCUUUAGAAUCUUCAACGUUGCCGGGCUCGUUGAGAUGCAGGUCCUGCUGCAAAAGAUUGUCCCCAACGAGGGUGGUAUACUAGGGCGUACAAGAGAGUGGUUCCUUGAAAAGGCCCGGGCUACAGCGUUUGGUGGCGAUCCUGAAAUGGGAGUCACUAUCCAGGACGUUGUCGACUACAACAAAUAUCACCGCAAGUUCGGGACGGACAUUGAAGCAGGAGGCAACAUUGGGCUUUUGGACGACUGGUUCAGCGACCGCCGGUUUGCUGAUCAACAGUUUACCGGUACCAAUCCAACGACCAUCACUCAAGCUACACAGAGAUGGAUUAGAGAUUUCAUUGCCGCCGCAAAAGUCAAUAACUACCUGAAGUGGGCCGAUUUGAUCCAGAAAGCGGACCCAAAGUCCUUCUUUGUUCAAGACGGGAGCUACUUUCGUAGGGCGGUGGGCGUGUCGGACCCUGCUGCUGUCCUGUCCCACCAGCAGCCCGGGAGCGAUGAGUGUUGGACCGUGGGUGCAGUGAGUUUGUUCCAGCUGCACGAAGAUGGCAAGCUGCACCCCGUUGCAAUCUGUAUUGACUACAGGGGCUCCCUGCGUGACUCUGUCACCAUCUUCAACAAGCGCUUAUCGCCCCGGGAUUCAAGCAGCCGUGAGAAGGAUGACUGGCCAUGGCGGUAUGCAAAGACCUGCGCGCAGUCUACGGACUGGAUGCGCCACGAGCUGGCGGUUCACCUAACUCUCUCCCACUUUGUUGAAGAGGCCAUAAUCGUGGCGACCAACCGCACCAUCCCCAUGGACCAUCCGGUGUACCGCCUGCUCUACCCGCAUUGGUACAAGACGCUCUCGUUGAACGCCGCUGGCCGCUCUACCUUGAUACCCCAGAUCGCAGUCGACAUUGUGGGAGUCAGUCCAGAUCAAUGCUACAGCUUUCUCCGCGACGCCUACGACACGUACGACUUCGUUGGAAGUUACGUCCCAAAUGAUCUCAAACGACGAGGAUUCCCCAGCACCCAACAGGGUCUCAACCAGCCGCGUUACAGGAACUACCCCUAUGCGAAGAAUGUACUCGCUCUCUGGACCACCAUCCGCACUUAUGUCAAGUCGAUGCUCCAGAUCCACUUCCCCACCGAUAACGCCGUCUCCACGGAUGUAGCUAUCCAACGGUGGGCGGUUGAGGUCAAGACAGCGGGGCACAUGCCUUCAUUUCCCGACAUCAAAACAGUUGACGCGCUCGUUGACGCCGUCACUAUGUGCAUCUUCAUUGCCUCUCCAUUCCAUACCGCCAUCAACUACCUUCAAAACUUCUACCAAGCCUUCGUCGCCGCAAAGCCGCCGUCGCUGUGCAGCGCCCCACCGGUCACGCUGGAGCGGCUGCAGCAGUAUAGGGAGCAAGACCUCGUCGCUGCUCUGCCCAUCAACAGACAGCGGCAGUGGCUUCUCGCUGCCCAAGUGCCGUGGUUGUUGAGCUUCAAGGUGGAGCCCGAUCGGAGCUUGUUGAACUAUGCGGCAAGUCAGUGGUGGGUGUACAAAUACAAGGGGGGGGCUGACGAGGUCAAGGUUAGGGACGCGAGUGGUCAGUUGUACGGGGAUCUGCAAAAGUUACAAAGGCAGUUUCACCGCAAUAGUACGGCGAUGGAUAAGGGAAGCAUUCCGUAUAUGGUCCUGGACCCGGGGUUGACGGCGGUGUCAAUUCUCAUUUAG